GAUUCAGGUCCAAAACAUGGGUUUGAAUUGAGUGCACAAAGAUAGGCAUGGUGAAUAUAUUUCUGCAAAAAUAAUAAAAUACCAGAUAUGAGAAGAAUUUUUUUAUUAAACUCAUUCAACAUUGAGGUAUCUUUUUAUAAUUUUUAUUGAUCCAAAUAAAGGGAAAUAUUUUUCUGAUAACUUAGUACAAAUUCAUUUUCAGCACAAAAAUAAAUACUAUAACUCCUUUAGCCUUUAGGGACAAGAGCAACUCAGUGAUCAUUUAGAUUUUGUAAAGCUUUCCUACCUAUACAUCUCCUUCCUAAUUUCCUAAGUCAAGUGGUACUGCGACAGUUUUUUCCAACUGCUGCAGUAUUCUAGCAGCCUAACACUAACCCUAGUUUUAACUAUGUUUUUUAGAAAAAAUAAUAUGCUGAUUAGGGUAUUUUUGAUUGAUGGCUUUUAAAAAUCAAUACUUCAUAGGGUGGUUAAUUAUAACAUUUGAAAACGAGGCUAUUUUUUUGCCGGUAAAACCAUCUGAUAAUUUUUAAAAAUGAAGGUGUGAGUUUUCUGACAUAAUUUGGACUUUAGUUGGAAACCAAAAAAGUGUUUAAAAGUUUAAUCAAUGAAACCAAGUUGGGUUUUCAUUUUUAUGCUUUUCUCACCAUUAUGUUACUGUGUAGCACACGCUUUAGUUGAGGGAAGGGAGCGACUGCCCAACAUACAGAGGGAUACAGUAAAUUUGCUAUGUUCGCCACUGACAAGAUGUAUCUUUAAUCUUGUUUGAAAUUUCUAAACUAUUCUCAUCGUUUUAUAAAUUCUACCGUAACACAUGUCUCCCUUUUCCCUCUCCAUAUCACUAUUACUAUUAGCAGUCAACUUUUUUUUCCACAGCUGCCAUGACCCACCUUAUGCGAAGUCGUGCAAAAAACACUGGCAAACGAGUGGCUAUGGUUGUGUAAAUUUAUGUAUGUUUUUUUACUUCUUUUAUUAAAAAGUUAAGGAUAUUAAAGGUAGAAAUAAUAAUAUUUGCCAAGCCCAUACUGGAAAAAAAAGGAACAGGCGAAUGUCUGAGGCAAUUUGAAGUAUUAUACAAGAAUGGGAAAAUAAAUCCCCCCCCCCCCCCCCCAACAGUUUUAUAAAAUAAAGUAGUUUUAAAAUAGUGACUCAGUGUCGUGAACAUUUGGGCAUGCUGACUACAUUUUCUCCAACUUCAUGGAGGCCUAGGACAGCAACUCUCUCAAAAAUUAUCUGCUCAGUUUAUGUUAGCCACUUACAUAUUUUCCCUUGUCAUGUCGUCUCAUGUCAAUAGUAACAGUUACAGUAACAGAGUUAUCCCAAAAUAUAUCGCAAAUAUAACUUUUUAAAAUAAUUGACCUACAAUUACAACUAUAGAUAAUAACUCCUAAAGAGAUAUAAUAGGUAAAAUAGGUUGUUACUAAAUAACUAGGUCUUAAAACUGUAACUUCAUUUUCACAAUUUGUCCAUGCAUAGUAAUGACCCUACUGGGUCGUGGAAGACAUCGGCCCUGAUGCAUUUUCAUUUUACUAAAUUUAAGCAAAAAAAUAAAAAAAUAAAAGGGAUUGAAUAAAAUCUGUUGAAAUUAUUAACAAAGAUAGUGCGCAAGAUAUACGCGUGGCGGCAUGUCACGCUAGUAGUUUUUAUUAUUCUGAAUGAAGUGCAGUUUGGUAGAUCUUGUGCCUUGUGUGGUCUAGUGGUAGCUUAAUGUUAUGAUUUGAGGAUCAAUUCCGGGGAAAGGAUAGUUUUUUUCCCCCCAUUUUAAUUAAAAAUAUUUGAUACUAUAUUUUUAUUAUCAUGUUCAUCAGCAAAAGUAGUUUCAUGAUAAGUUUUAAAUAUUUUGUAGCAAUUUAAACAAUUUAAAAUGAAAUCUUUUACUUUUAUUGGUUGCCUACUCCAUACUGGCCCCUAAUUUAUUUUAUGGCUUAUACUUAUGGAUUACUGGUACACAAACUCAAAUAACAAACAAAACAAAAAUGUUUACAAGCCACUUUCACUUAAGUUUUUUUCUAUAAUUGGAUUCAAGAUACUAAGUACAUUACUUGGUAGAGAAAUAGAUUUUAAAAUUAACAAUUUAAUAAUAGUUUUGAAUCAUUCGCAGUCACGUGACAAGGCUGACUGACAAGAUAUCUCUCGCCACUUUGUUACGGCGGUCAUGUGACUUGGUCGCCGGACAAAUAGUGCGGGAGAUAUACGUCCGGCGAGACGUGUAGACACUGGCAAUUAUUAAUGUGGAAAGAGAAACUUGAAACAGUCCUUAAAUACCCACCAAGUAGCCACAAUUAAUUUUAGGCCAAUUGCCCACCUGGUACAAAAUAAAACUUAAAAUGUAUACUAAAUAUAGCCCAUCUAUUAAUUAUUAUUAGUAAAAUAAUUAUAAUUGCCUCCUACUCACCUACCAGCCUACUACUUGCCUAUUCAUAUUCCAAGCAUAAACUAAAUAAAUUUCAAUUAAAUAAUUAAUGAAUUUAAAGUGACACUAUUAAUUUAUUAUUGAAAAAUGUAAUAUCGUAUGAAUAUAAAACUGGAAGUUCGACUUUAAAAAUCAUAAUAAAAUGAAACAGUUCAAAUAUGCUAAUGAAUCCUAAAGCAUAUCGUUAUCGAUAAGAGGUGGUUGAAAAAGAAGUCUUUUUGUGCUACUCACAUCUUUCAAAUUUCUCACAGUAACACUUCAAAAUAGUAACUUAAAUCACUGCUGUAGAUUGAUCGGUUUAUAUACGUUAAAUUUUUGGCACAAAAUCAACGAGAUCACGAAGUAGAAAUUGAACAAAUUAAUUUAUAUUUGGAACUUACCACGCCGUUGCACUACAGUGGUGAAAUUUUAUGGAAAAGGAUCCCAAAUUAGACAGCGCAAAUAAACGUGAAAAUAGACACUAACCGAAAAGAAAAACACUUACGGAAAUUUUCGGAUAUCCUUUUUUUUUUUCAGCCCUUUGGUCGUUGCUGACGUAGUACACUUGCACAACAGCGGGCUGUAGAAACUUCCUUAGAUAUGCUAGGGCAACACCUUGAUACUUGAUAAUUUAAAUAAAUCCUCAAUAUGACUGAAUCAUGCCCUUGUUUGGUCAGAAUUGGUGAAAACGUAAAAAAAUACCGAAUUUUCAAGUUAGAGAGGGAUCAGGUGGGAACACAUUUUAUCAUAUUACUGUUUUUUGUUAGUGGUUUGUCUAUUCGGUAAGCCGUCUAAGGCGUCUAUUCUAUUACUAUUCAAACUAUUGAAUUGAGUAAGGCCUAUCGAAUUGUUAUUGUGUAGCGUACCUGUUUACUGUUUAGCCUCAAACUCUUAAAGUCUUACAAUAUCAUCACAAAAUCAUUCAAUACAUUAUCUUAAUAGUAAAAAACUAAACAUACAGAGAUAGCACCCUGAUGUCAUUUGUGUUUUGUCCCUGGUUCCGAAAUGUCAAAACCCUGGUUCCGAUAGGCUCAAAACCCAGGUUAGGGAUAAGUUUAGGGUUCAUGUUAGGUUUAGGGAUAGAUUUAGGGUUCAGUUUAUGUUUAGGACAUAAGUUCGCUGAGCGCGGCAACCAAGAUGGCGACCACAGUGCUAUCUCUCCAAAUUUACCCCCACUAAUUAAUAGUGAUUCUCAAGCUUCUCAACACCUAGAACUUAAUUAUUAGACUUCAGUAGUUAUAUGCUAGUCUUCAUCCUAGUCCUAGCUUUUACAAGGUGGGGGUGUAAUUUACAAGGUGGGGGUGUAAUUAUACCCCACCCCCACCUUGCCUGUUCAUAUAUUUCUCCAGGUAACAAAAUUUUAAAUAAUUAAUUUGAGAAAGAAAAUAAUACAGUUACUCAAUAUAUUUUUUUUUUGGGGGGGGGGGAUUUGUGGGUAAAUUUAUGCAAUCUGUGCCACUUAUUUCCCACGGCUGCCAUCUUGUUGCAAUGACUCGUCACAACUCAUGGCAACCAAGAAAGUGACAAUGCAAAAUCAAAAAAGGAGUGCAAACACACGUCUGCUAAAAUGGGGAGGAGAAAGAGAGACAAUUUUUUUUUAGCUAUUACAGAAAGAAACAAAAAUAGUAAUAGGAACAAAACUUAAAAAUUUAAUGAAAUAAUUUCAGCCGGUACAUUAAUUUCAUGGCGAACCUAGCAACUUUAUUGUGUCCCUCUAGAUAUGCAGCAAGAAGUGUCUAUGACCUGCGAUCACUCUCUUUCCUAGUACAUGCUCCCUUCCCUCAACUAAAACACAUGUGCUACAGUUACACACUGUGGUAAGAAAGGUGUAAAAAUGAAGAAAAAUGAUGAAAAACCCAUCUUACAGUUAAAUGGAAUACACUUUUUGGGGGGGGUUGAGUCUUUGAUAAGAAACAUAUAUUUUAAUCUGAAAGUGAGGCAAUGCACAAUUUUAAAAAUACACAGAUAGAGACUAGAAGUCAAUUUUUGUACAUAAAACAAAAUCAUACAAAAACAACUUUAAACCUGUUAAAUCUUUAGGUUUUGAACAAUUUGUAAGCAAUGCAUUGCUGUCAUUACAUGCCCUUUUCAAUUUUAUUGCUUGAUUGUUUGAAUUUCGACUUGCUUCAUUAGUUUUCUGCCUCUUCUUAAUAUAUUCAACAAUGAUUUUAUCGAGUUCCUGCUAUAGAUCAGCACCAGAUAGCUUUUUACAGUAAAAGGAUCAAGUUCUUUAGUUGAUGCUGUAAUCUUUGGCUAUUGAUAUAUAUUUAGAACUAAUCUUUACAUCUUUGAAAUAAUGCAGUAUUAUAUUUGUAUCAGCGUUUACUUUAUCUGUUUUUUUAAUAGAAAACUGGGUUACUGUAUGAGCAUGUAUUUAAUAGAAGCUUCAUCUAGUGUUCUGUUAUAGCCCAUGUUUACCUAAUUUUGCUUUUAUCUAGAGCUAUAGUUUCCACCACUUAUUUGCUUUGAUAUUGAUAUCACUGAUUAAAUGUGUAGUGCUCCGUUUCUACCCACCCCUCCCUUGAUUGGGAAAUGUUUGUUGACAUUCUAAUAUAUUCUGAAUGGAAGGUAGAGAAUGCACUUGGGUGAUGCAAUUUAAGAAUUUCUUUUCUGGAGGGUUCCAACUCCCUCCUUAUAAACCCAGCAGCUUUCCCAGCCAGCAGAGAGAUUUGCUAGAUUUCCUAGAUAUGAUGCUUAAUAAUAUACUUAUAAGAGCCUUUCUAGAUUUUACUCUUUGUGUGUGUAUAUUAGAGGAUUAUACUUUUUCACUUACUUUGGUGUAAGUUAAUAUAGUUUUUAUUUCUGUAAAUUUAUUUAGUAUUUUACUAUUUAAACUUAAUAGUUUAAUUAAACUGAAUAUUGUUAAUAUCACUAGAUUUGGUAUAGUUUUUGCUAGAAUACUGGUUUUCAGUCCUUUAUUACGUAUCUAACGAGCCAAAUCUUAAAUCAAUAUUAAAUUUGCAAAGCCAUGUAACGGUCCUUAACAGCACCCUUAAACAUCAAAAGUAAUAGACUUGCUGAAAGUUUCCACUGAAGCAUUUUUUGCUGCCACUAUUGCGUUCAAAUGUGUCUGGGGGGUCAUCCCUAGUUUUGGGCUAAUAACUAGGUGGAAUUUUAAUAUGGAUUUAGUUAAUUUUUAUCAUGCAAAUAUUCAUGUAAUUAUUUACCCAUCACAUUUUUCAUGCAGGUGACAAUAGGAAGAUCUGGUGAUGUCACCUAUUCAAUAUUAUCAAAUAUGAUUUCAAGAUGUCACACCACAAUAAAACGCCAGGCAGAUGGAACAUGGACUAUCAUUGAUAACAAGGUAGUAGAGAUAAAUUGCAUUAAAUAUAAAACACAGUGAAAAUGUAUGUUUUUAUUUUACUGUAAGUUAAAGAGGAUGUGUGAAUUUUUUUAUUUAUUUUUUUUUUGGUGUGCUAUUGCCUAUGAAUUUUUAAAAUAAAAAAUCUCUUACUCAUAACUCUAAAAAAAAAAUACAAAAGUGAUAACAUUAUUGCAAGUCUUAUGGGUAAGUACUGGCCUUGAAAAUAUAAUAAAUCUGGCGUAAAUAUUUUUAAUAUUACUUUUUCAGUUAAGUCAUCAAGAAGUCUCUUCUGUCAUAGCUGGCUAAUACUUUUUCACUAUUCAAUUAUUAUUACCAAUGAACAGCAUAAUUGAUCAUAAGAUCAAAGGUUUGAUGCUUUAGAAUAAACCAUUUUUCCCCCUCCUUCUAUGUGAUUUAAAAUCUUAUUUGAUAAAACCUUGUAGUUACUGAAAGUAAAUUUAAAACUUCUUGUUAAAUAAAAUUAUUAUACUUUGUUUUUUAUUUUUUUUGUGUGUGUUUUGUUUUCAGAGUUUAAAUGGAGUAUAUGUCAAUAAACAGGCUCUAGAUCCUAAUAUUCCACAUGCACUAAAAGAAGGUGAUCUAGUACAACUGGGUGUGUCCACUGCACCAGAAAAACCUGCAGAAUUUGUGUACAAGUUUUAUUCUUCAUUGAAGGUAUUUUAUAAUAAUUAACCCAAACACAUUUUUCAAUAUCAUUUAAUAACUUGAGCCAUCGGUCUUCUUUUGUAUUUACAUUUUUAUUAAAACCUCUUUUUAAAAUAUACAAUUUUAUUAUAACUUUAAAAUGCAAACUUAAGUUGUCAUAUACUGACUGGGCAAAAAAAAAAAAAAAAAAAAAAAAAAAAAAAAAAAAAAAAAAAAAAAUUUUAAUAACUUGAGCCAUCGGUCUUCUUUUGUAUUUACAUUUUUAUUAAAACCUCUUUUUAAAAUAUACAAUUUUAUUAUAACUUUAAAAUGCAAACUUAAGUUGUCAUAUACUGACUGGGAAAAAAAAAAAAAAAAAGGAGAAAUAACAUUUUAUAAUAUUAACCAUAUGCUGUUUUAAUGAAGCACACAAUUACAAAAUACUGCAGAUCCGAAUGGAAAAGAAGAGAAAUAAGAGAAUGAAAUAUGAUCCCUCCUUGGAUAAAGACACACUUAAUGCUGGUGAAUCAUCAGAUGAAGACAGAGAAAAGAAAAGGAAAGCAGCCUGUGAAAGAGUAACAUUGAAUUUUUUUCAUUAUAAUUAAAUUUUCUUUGUUAGAGCUAACCUUUAAAUCAAUGUCCUUUAACUGUUGAAUUUGCUUUACUUAGUAUAUAGAUGUUUUUUUAGUGACCAAGUAAAUUUAUGUGGCCGAAAUUAAUUUUUUUUUGGUGUGCCUAUAAAGUAUUGGUACAGAGUUCAGGUUCUUUGGAUUACAUAGAAGUAUUUUCUAUACAUUAUAAAUAUUCUAGCAUUUUUAUCUUUUUUUAGUUUAGACAAUUUUAUAAACAUUUUGAAAAUUAUCCUGUGUAAUUAAAUUGUAGUAAUGAAAGCUCUUUGAAUAAUUGAAACAUGGAUAGAUCUACAUAAUGAACUAUUAAAAUCUUUUAAUUUUUUUUUUACUCACAAAUUUUUUAUCAGCUCCAGGAUGGUGCCAGAGAUUUACCCAAUAAUGACUUACGCAAAAUCAUUGAAGAAUCACAACAACUGCAAGCAGAAAAGGAGAAGGAGUACCUAUCUCGUUUAGCUGAAAUGGAACGACUGUUAAAAGAAAAAGAAGAAAUGCAACAAAAGGUACAUAUCUUAAUAUAGCUUGGCUCUGCUUAAAUGCCUUGUGAUCUGUAAUCAAUUAAAUAUGAUCACUUUUUUGUUUUACCGCAUUUUCCGGCGUAUAAGACGACCCCCCAACUUUUCCUGUUAAAAUAUAGGGUUUGGGCUAUACUUGAUUUAUAAGACAACCCCUCUUCAAAUGCACACCAAAUAAAAAUUAAAAAACACCAGAUUUGAUUUCAAUAUGGUAAUUUUAAUUCAAAUGCUUAUGACAUGCAGGUACUUAGCAGGAAAGCUGCCAUUUAUACACAUAAGGCUGUAAACAUAAAACGGGCAGUGGAUUAAACUUUUCCCAAUUCACUCUAAAACUGAAAAGAAGGAUAAGACAAUAAACACAUGGGAGCUGCCAUAUUGUUUGUUUUCUAAGCUGUGAACCAAACUGGAACUGGAGGGCGCCUGUCCCUGAAGUUUACACGCGGUAUACCAGGUUAUGAGAUUGACGACCCACGACUUUUAUAAAAAAAUUUCAUGGGUUAAAAAGUCAUCUUAUACGGCGGAAAAUACGGUAAAUUAAUUUCUAUAAAAUCAAUUUUAAAAUAAUUAUCUUUUUAAAGGUUCAAGAACAGCUAGAAAGAGAAAGGCAGGAAAAAGAGCAUCAAGCCCAGGAAGUUAAAGAAUUAAAAUUGAAGGAACAGGCAAUUUUUCAAGAGAUGCAAUAUAAGCAGGUGUGGUUUUUCUGGUAUAAUAAUAAAUUCUAAUUUAAAAUGAACAAUAUGAUUUACUUAAAAAUGUUUAGCAAAGGAGCAAAAACUCCAAAACAUUUGAUAGAUGUUGCAAUAUCUACAUUGACCCAAAUGUUUUAUUUGUGUCUCAUAUUUCUUCUGCUUUGAUAAAUAAUUCAACGCAGUUCUCACUGGACAAAGUUUAAUUUGUUAUGAAUAUCAGAGUUGUCAUGAAAGCAUUUGAGGCAAAAAUUAUUUAUCAGUGUUUGCACACUAAAGAUUUUUGACAUUAUUUACUGAGCACUAUGAUUAAACAUAUAUAAACAAAAAAACUUGGUUGAGAUAAAUAAGGAAAAAAUUCUUUGUUUUUGCAUUUCACAAUUUUAGGAGCUGCUGGAGAAGGAAAAAGAAGAGCUGAAGAUAAAAAUGCAGGAAGAACUUGAAGCAAAUCUCAGGGAGAGAGAAGCAGCGCUUCUUGCCCAGUUAGCAGUACAAAAGGAAUCUGUGCUUAAUGAAAAGAAACAGGUAAUCAUUCUGCAUUUAUUGAUAUAGGAAAUAAGAUAAGAGUGAAUACUUUCUAAUUGUGGGUGAAAUGCUGAUUUGUUAAAAAAAAAUUCUUACAGAUUGAAGAAAGUUUGCAGAUAGAAAUGGCUAAAGUAUUGCAAGAAAAGAAUAAAGAGCUUGAACAUCAGUUGCUGGAUCAAAAGGAGAAAUUAGAAAAAGUAUGUAAUAGAAUAAUUGUUAUUUGUCAAGGGAUGUAACAAAAAAAUAUGAAUAUUGCUUAUUCCUUUCUCAGACUUAUAUUUAUAUGCUUCAAUAUUGUAUUUUAAAGUAUGUAUAGAACUGUUUUUGUCUGAUUCAAAAUUUAUUUCAGGCCUUAUUUUAUAGCCAUCGAGCUUUUAAACUGUAUUUUUUAACUCUCUGAUCAUUUUUUAAUCGUGUAGUGGUAUGACGGAUAAUACAAAAAAAAUUGUCAGGCAUUUUCUUUAUAAAGAAUCCUUCCUUUUAAAAAAAAAAUAGGUACUGGAGAAAAAAGAAAUGGAACAGAAAUUAUUAGAAAGCCAACUCUAUGAAACCAAGGAAGAAAGUGCCACAGCCAAGUUGCAGGCUCUCAAAGCUAGAGAAGAGGUUUUGUCAAAUUUUGUUGAUCUAAUGGAGUUGGAGUUGCAAUGUUCUAUUUGCAAUGAGCUUUUUAUAAAAGUAUGUAUGAAAUUGUAACUUACAUUUUAGAGAAGUAAUAAAAAAUAUAGGCAUGUUAAAUCACAUAUUUUUUCAUAAAUCAUCAAUACCAGUAAUAUUUUAAAAUUUAGGGGAGUAAAUUGAUACAUUUAUGUUGUAGAAACUUUGUCAUGAAUUUUGUAUAAAAGUUGGAGUCAAUGCCAAAAAGUUAAAGUUUAUGCAAAAAAGUUAAAGGUUAUGCAAAAAAAGUUAAAGAUUGUGCAAAAAUUUGACACACACAUUUUCUUAAUUUCAGGCUACAUCUUUGAACUGUGCACAUGUCUUUUGCAAAUUAUGCAUUGGCCAGUGGAUGAAGGUUAAAAAAGAGUGCCCUAAUUGUCGUAUGGCCAUCACAUCUCAAAUGCAGGCAAUUGCCCUUGACAGUUACAUAGAUAAGAUGGUAGAGCAGCUCAGUGAAGAACUUAAGAUGAGACGGAAAGAAUUGAUUCAGCAAAGAAAAGGCAAUGCUAUAAAACAAUAGCUCUUUAAAAAAGUUUGAUAAAACACCUUAACAUUUUUUUUAAAAAUACCGUUUUGUUGUGAAAUAAUAAGGGAAGGUGAGAAAUGGUUAUUAUUGUGUUCUUUGUUCCAUUAACAGAUUUUUAAUCAAAUUAACUAUAAUUUUCUUUUACAAAAAAUAUGUUAUGAAAUGAUAUACUUAUACAGUUUAAUUUUCUUGACCCUGUCAAUCGGGGAACAAUCAGAGUGGCCCGAAUGUGUUGUGUCUUUACCCCUUUAUUGUAAUUAUUUGGACUUACCCAAUUCCAGAGUAUGUGAUAUGGUUAGAAAGCGGGUUAUUUCCUGUUUUAGAUAAAUAUUAGUUCUCAUCAGUACGAAAGAAAUCAAACUUUUUAAUUGCCUGUAAUAAUGUAUUUUCCUGACUUACUUUGAGGACUGCUGUGUAGAAACGUAAUCCAGGUAUGAACUGAAAAAAUCUAAGCAUUUUGAUUGGUUACUGUUUCAAAAUAGCUACUUCCAGUGUUAACAUUGCAAUUGCUUGCUAGCCUAUUUCAUUGGCAAUCAUUGCAUCAAAUUUUGAUAUUUUAUAAUAUAUUUAUUGUUUGUUGCAAAGAAAAUGAAAUGUACAAACAGGUACUUUUAAUUUAGAGUUGCAUUAAUGUGACUCUAAGUUCUAUAGUAAAAAUUAUUGAUUUUUGUUAAGAUCAAUGUCAACAAAAACCAUUCCACUGCAUCAGUAAAGACAACAGGUUCAAGAAUUUUGUUUUUAAUUUAUUAAUUUCAGAUGAGCAAGAUAAGUUUGAUGGUUUCACAGCUGGUCCUUCUAAUUCAAUUUCUUUUGGUGGAGCACCAGUAGCCAGAGGAGGUAGAGGGAGAACACGAGGAGCAGGCAGAGCACCAAGAAGAGGAAGAAACAGAACUCAGGCACAGACAGCAGCACUAACAACAACUGUAGCACCAACACCCAUACCACCUAUAAUGGCAGGUUUGAUUUUUUUUUAGCCUUAUUUUUUUUAUGUGGUUUAUUGAGAUAAAUUAUCAAACAAUAUGUACUGUAUAUAUUCGCAUAUAGAGUGGGCCAGUAGAUAGGUCACACCCUUAGUUCAGGGUUGUCAAAGUGGGUAUUUGCGGAUGACUAGCAGAAAGAUUGCACUGUAACUGGAAAGUUACAUGGCCCUUUUUAAACAUAAUACAUUGGGUCCCCGCAUAAUGAGCCUAAUCCAUUCUGGAGCAGGUAGAGCACCUAGAAGAGGAAGAAACAGAACUCUGGCACAGACAGCAGCACUUACAACAACUGUAUCACCAACACCCAUACCACCAAUAAUGACAGGUUUGCUUAGCUUGAGGCUUUAUUUUUUAUUGUGUUCUGUUGAGUUAAAUUAUCAAACAUUUUGCACUGUAUACUUUUGCAUAUAGGGUGCGCCAGUGGAUAGGUCGUACCCUUAGUUUGGGGUAGUCAAAGUGGGUAUUUGUGGAUGACUUGCAGAUAGGGCGCACUAUAAUCUGGAGAGUUACAUGGCCUUUUUUAAUUUUACACAUUGUGUCCCCGCAUAAUGAACCUACCUCAUUCUAGAACAGCGUUUUUGUUCCAAAUGCAAACAAAAUUUAAAAAAAAGGUUAAAACAGGACACAAAAUACAGGUUAAUUUCUUGAUUCUCAAUACAGUUACACAUAUUUAGUCAUUUCAAGUAUAAUAAAAACUUUCUUGGGCCAUGCACAGUUUAAAAUACAAAACUUAUGCAUAUAAUCAACAAUACAUUCAUAGCCUGAAGUACAGAGGUAUUGAUACAUCUCAUACCUCUGCAAGAUAUUUUUUAUCUUAGUUUUUGUAAGGACCGCCUGACAAUCCAAAACAAAGAAAAUAUAAAUCACAACUUAAAAUUGUUCACCCAUUUAUCAUGAUUUAUCCAAACAAUGGUAGACCUGUUUACUCUAAUGAUUUUGAGUACAAUGUACGCUUUGAGAUUUCUUUUACGGUGAGACCCGACAGGACUACGAUGUUAAGAUUUUUUAAUUUUCAGGUUUUGAAGUUUUAUUACUUUCUUUAGCAGUGAAUGGACCAAGAAAAACAAUUGGCUGUAAUUUUUUUUGAUGUUGUGACCAUCCUUAAUUAUACUACUCACACACUGAGAGGGGAGGUGGGAGUUAUUGAUUAAGGAGAUUUUUUGCGGACAGGCGAAUGGGUAGGAAAUAGAUGGAAGUGUCAAAAGCUAUAAAAAUAUCACAGCAUUGUUUGUAAUGAUGGUGAUGAUUGUUUUAAUGUUACUGCUUUGUGUGUCACAAUGAACUAGCAAUGGUAAUAUUUAGCAUAGUCACCCUAGUGACAACUGCUUUCGACCAUCCUUCUUUGUAUGCUGCCAUGCGUGUGACAGUUUGUGAAAUAAUUAGGCCUAUUUCAUUCGCCUGAACCACUGUGAUUGUUAAAACUGAGAAAACUAGGGACGUGUAAAUAUUUUUAUUUUUAUAACAGGCAUUCUCAACUGUUCUCCACAGGAAUGUUGGAUUUUGAAAUAUUUUAUAAUAUCUAGUUAGCAGCGUUUUACGUCUAUUUUUAAAACUUGUAAAACAGCUCUAUCUCCUCAACGAUCUAUCCCCUGUACAAUUUUAAUACUGCAACAGCUUUGUAUCAAAAAACUACUUCUACAGCUUGCUGUAGUUAAUUACACUAUAAAUAUGUGAAAAGAAAAAAAUCAGGCUCCUAUUUGAUAGGGGAAGGCAAGGACAGAUGCAUAGUGGACUAUAGUGAGUUCUCACCAGGCUAAAUAUUGCAAGCUAUUUAGGAAAACACUAAGCCAAACUUUGUGGUGAUAUUUCUAUCACCUUAAUAGGUCUAAUCAGAAAUUAUGGAUUUAACAGAAUUUUAAGUGACAGUUUGCUCUGUUAGAGACUGUCACCAUCAGGAUAAUUAUUGCAGAAGUUAUGCAUUCUUUUGACCCCCCCACGCUGUCAUUAGACACCCUCAGUGCGUAAUAUAUGGAUGGUCCCUUACUUUGACAAGGUGCAGCAGGGGGUAUGAAAGUAUAUAAUUUUUUUUUGCUAUGGUAUAGAAGUCCCAUUAUCAGUGUGAACUGAAAAAAAGAUUAGACCAAAUUUCUGUCGAUCAAUUUGCCAUCGACGAAAUUUCUUUCAAACAAAUUUCUGGAUACGUUUUUUCUUUAAAUAGAAAUUAGGUCAUCAGAGCGCUGUGAGCAUGCUAAAAUAGCAUGGAUACAAGCAUUAAAUAAGUAUUCAAUCAAUCAAAUAUCCCAGUGAUAUUGAGUGGAUAAGUCCCAAGCCGCAUCCCUGAUUGUUAUCAAAAUUUUUGGUUAAAAAGUGCAACCUAUACACGAGUAUAUAUGGUAGUUUUAAAGCUGACCUGUGGAGUCUGAACAUUUUACACCUUAUCUCAAGAAUACCAAUAUGAUAUCUCCUAAGGGGCCAUCCACUGGGGAGAAGGGAGCUGUUGAUUUCGUAGAUUUUGCGUAAGCGUGUGUAUGGCUGGGGGGUCCUGGCAGAAAAUACAUACAUUUAUGCACACAAAAAAUAAUUAUUAUUGUCCUGAAAUCUGACUGUCCAUAAAUAGCCUAUUUAUAUCUAUAAUGCUGUAAAAAUAUAAAGCAAUUUUUUGUAAUUGUUGUCAUACUGUUGCUUUGUGGUUUCACAAUUGAACAAGCUAGAUAUCACACUAGUAGUAUGGUAGCUACAAUGAUAUCUAGUCCACCAUUUGCUUUUAAAGUAAAAACUGAGAUGGUGGGGUUGUCUCCAAGAAUUUGCAAUUAAUUUGCAAAUUGAUAUUAUUGUCAUUGUUGAAAAUGUUCAGGAGUCGCUUUCAGUUGCAUAUUUUUAAAAUUAACGAUGCAGAGAUUUUGGAAGGGUUGUAAUAAAGACAGCAUUAAUUAGUCUCCAUCUUUAUUCUUAAGUGUCUUAGUAGCAGGCCUAUUUGGUAGAUGGUUGCCACCUGCACUAUUGAUUCAAUUUCUCUGUCUACUUAACCAUCUUCAGCAAAAACGCUUCUUAGAUAUUUAAAUUCUUGGUGUUGUCAGUGCAUCCGACCACUAAUACUUAUGUCCAGUUGUUUUGGGGUACAACCUCCUGAAAUGACCCCAUUCUUAUCUGUGCUGAUUUUAAACACUUAAAGCAUGCAGAUAAUGUUCCGGAUAUCAAAAUGGCUCAACGACUGUUCCUUGUUGUUCAUUGGUCAUUUGCAAAUAGCUAUUUAAGUGCCUCGUGAUUUAAAUUGGCUUCUUUUGUUAUUUUGUCAGUGUAAAUGAUGGCGAUAGAAUGCAGCCCACUCUGACUCCUGAUUUUACCCCAGAUCACUGAGAAAGUCUAUUGGGGUUAUGCACAGCACUAAGAAGACUCGUAUGGAGCUUCCAGGUAUUGUCAAGGAGCUGUCCUUUCACUCGGUACCCUUCAACCACAUCCACGAGCUUAUUCCUGUCCACCCUGUCAAAAGCUAUUUCCUGGCUGACAAAAAUUAGACUGAAGCUUUUAUUGAUAUAUUCACAUGCUUUUUCACACAUUUUCUGGAGGGAGAACAUUGCAUCUAUGCAACCUCUUACCUUUCUGAAGCCGAAUUGCUAAGAAGUGGGUCAGUUAUAGCUUGUGUCUGGUUCAGGAUUUUUUAAAUAUUGUACCUUAGUAGGAAGAUGCCUAAGUGAUGCAGUUUUUUUUAUUCUAGUUCUUCUAUAAGUGGACUAAUACAGCUUUGCCAGACUUGCACCUUUCUUUUCACUCUUUUUGAAAUAUGAUUGUGAGCCACUUGAUACGUAUCUCUCAACAAGCAGGGAUGGCUUCUGUGGUAGUUUUAUCUACACCAGCUGCCUUGUUCUUUGGACUUGUCAUUAUCCCAUCUCAGAUCACUUCAAGGAUAGAAGGUUCUGUGUGCUCAGGAAUAAAACUGCUUAUGACAUUGCUCGCAUUAGCAGGAUUGAGCAACUCUUUAACUCAUUCUGGACGACUGUGUUAAGAUACUUCAUUUAUUUUACCGGACAAAGGAAAGUAAUUUUGUUUUGAAAUUAAUUUACAUUUCUAAAAUAUUAUUUUUAUUUGAUAAAUAUUCAUUAAUUUUAAUGAAUUAAUUAUUAUGGAUAAAUGCAUCAAGAAAUCAAUUAUAUUUAUGAAAAAGAUAACAUUUAUGGCGGGGAAAAAACAACACCACCGAAACAAUCUAUUUUUGGCAUCUCUGACAAAAUGUUAAAUGUGGUCACAAUGUAAUAAUGCACACACAGAAUGAAAAUGAAAUAAGACAGACACAUGUGUUUUUAAAAACUGAAAUCAUGCACAGUCACACUAUCGCCAAACACAUCUGACAGAACCCUCCCAAGAGGGCAUUUGGUCCUAAUUGUUAGGGAAUGAAUUUAUUUUCAUCUAAUAGUGGGAAUGCAUUUUGGUCAUAAAUCACAGAGGUUGGUGUUGAAGGAUCCCUGAGUGGCAUGUAGAACCCUCCAGAUGACUUUUCAAAUAAAUCACUCAACUCUUCUACUUAAAUAUUCCAUAAUGCAUUUAACCAGUUUCUUGAUAGUUUUUCUGGCGAGCACAUAGUUUAUUAAUGUUUCUUCAGUUUGUGAUUUCACCCAUACACUAUGCAGUCUCUUCUUUUUUUUGAUGGCUAUUGCUAUUUUGGCCUCAUUGUACAACCAUUUGGUUGCCUUUGUAUGACCUUGUUUAGAUUUAUGGGUUCCACAAAUAAUCUCAAUGUUUUUCAAGAAGAGUAUUUUUAAAGAUGUACCAUGGUUCAUCAGCUGUCAAAGUGUUUGCAAUAUAUCUUUAUGUUCCAGUCUAGAUGUGACAAUUUUUCUAGUUUUCCUGGAUAACUACAUUCUUCUGCAGUCUGUGUAUGUUGACUUUCUCCUCAGCGUAAUCUUUUUGUUAAAUUUAAUUAUUUUUAAACUUUCCACAUUACCACUGGUCGAUGGUCAGCAGUUGGUAUUGUUCUGGAGUUUGCCAUGAGCUUUCUGAUAAGGAAUCUGGGAUGAUCUUGUUAGAUCAUUCCUCAACGAUCUGAAUAACCUAGGUAAAAAAAAAAAAAAGCUUAUUUUUUCCCCAUUAACUCUUUAUUAUUAACAGCAUGCUUCAUAAUGUAAUGACUUUUUUUCUAAAUGGUUACCUGCACUUUAAGUUUAAUAAAUGGAAAGCAGUUGGGGGGGGGGGGGGGGGGCAUCAAUAUAUUACUUAAGCUAUAGAAAAAAAAAUCAACUUCCUCCUCCUUUUGCAUUCAAACAUUUUCUACACCCCCUCUGCCUAAACACAAAUAAAAAAUCCCCCCUCAGCACGUUUCAAUUUAUUUAUAAUUUAUAGGCAAUUAUGAUUUACACUGCAAUUAAACAGUCAGUCUAAUCCUUGUUAAAAAGGAUUUCACUAGUUUUCUGUGCUGUCUGUCUGAUGCAGACUUAGCACAUACAAGCUUUGGUUUAGCUGAACAAAACAGUUACAUCAAAAAUGACGUCACAUACCCUAAAACAUUCAAAGGAAUGUCGGACUAGUCAGAAUUUCAGGAUAUUGCAUAAUUUGUGCAUAUUUAAUUAAUAUAAUAUAAUAUAAUAUAUACAGUGGAACCUCUCAAUAUGAGUUUAAUUCGUUUAAGGCUCUUACUCGUUAAGCGAAACACUCGUUAAACGAAACAAUUUUUCCCAUACAAAUCAAUGUAAAAUACUAUGAUGGGUUCCAUGCUGAAAAAAUACUAAUUUUGCAAAAAAAAUUAUUAACAUUUAUUCAAAUAAAAUUGCUUAUGAAUUGUUAAGGAGUGUAACAACUUGGAAUACAAUUUAGAUUUGAAACAAAAAACAUAAAUAAAAAUACGUAAAUAAAAAUAUGAAUUUAUGACAAAUAAUUAAUCCUUUUUAACUAGAAAACUGUCUAAAGAUAUUUGUUUUUGCCGACACUUCAUAAUUUGAUGAAAAUGUGUCACAGCAUUAUCAUUGAAUAAAUUUGUAGCAUGAAUAGCCACGCUCACACCUUGAUCUCGCUUUUCAAUGAUUUUACGUUUCAUUUCAACAGUUACUUUUUCUCUUUUAUGAUUGUCUUCUUGUGGUUUUUUUUCGAAGACAUUUUAGCAUAGGUUUUUACACUUUGUACAUAAAAAAAAUUACGAAUACUGUCUGAAUACAAAAUUUGUAAAAACUGGUGAUCACACACGAAAACAAUACGCUAACAGACAGAGUGCUAAACACAGACUAUUGCAAGGGUUCUCAACCUUCCUAGUGCCGUGACCCUUUAAUACAAUUUCUCGUGUUAUGGCGAUCCCCCAGCAACCUAAUUAUUUUCGUUGCUACUUCAUAGCUGUAAGAAUAUGUGUUUUCAGAUAGUCUAAAGCGACCCCUGGGAAAGGGUCGCGCUACCCCCAAAGGGGUCACGACUCACAGAUUGAGAACCGCUGGACUAAUGCAUCGGCACGGAAGUCCCGGCUCACAAAUGAAUGUCAGGAAAAAGGGACUUCCCCUUUCUGCGUAACUUGUUAUGCACAAUAUUACUCGUUAUGAGAGGUGCUCAAACUAUAACUAAAAUUUGGCAAGAAGAGAAAAUCCCAACAGAAUGGGAAACAGCAUUAAUAACCCCAAUACACAAGAAAGGCCCCAAACUUCAGUGCACAAACUACAGAGGAAUCUCCCUAUUAAAUGUUACAUACAAAAUACUGACGAAGCUUAUUGCCAAAAGACUACAACCUUACACUGAAGAAAUACUAGGUGAUUACCAAUGUGGAUUCAGGCCUAACAGAUCGACUGAUUAGAUUUUCACCAUCAGAUGCCUAUUAGAGAAAUGCUAUGAAUAUAAUAUACCAGUACAUCAACUGUAUGUAGACUAUAAAAUGGCCUAUGACAGCAUCAAAAGAAACUAUUUAUAUGAGACUCUGCAAGAGUUUGGGAUACCCAACAAACUGACAAGGCUAAUACAUGUAACACUAAACAACUCAAAAAGCAAAAUCUAGAUUCAAGGAGAAUAUUCAAGGGAAUUUCAUAUUAGACGAGGCCUAAGACAGGGAAACUCACUAUCUUGUAUGCUCUUUAACCUAACAUUAGAGAGAGUUAUUAGAAACAUACACAUUGACACUCGAGGAACGAUAACAGGAUACUUUCCGAGGGAACUCAAGACCCACAACCAAUGGGCACACUCUACAACCAACCACUUCACUAUCUUGCAUAUGCUGAUGACAUAGCACUUCUAGGGAAAAGUAUUAAAGACAUAUCAAAAUCCUUUAUUGAAUUAGAAGACACAUCUCUACAAGCAGGGCUGGAAGUUAACAACCAAAAAACAAAAUACAUGACCAUGAUAAGAGAGGAACAAACAGAUGAAACAAAAUUAGAAACCAAACUUUUGAAAAAGUAAAUCAAUUCAAAUACCUAGGAUCCUUGUUAAAUGAAAGAAACGAAUUACUAACAGAAAUAAAAGAAAGAAUAUCAGCCGGAAACAGGGCAUACUUCAGUAGUCAGAAAAUACUCAAAAGUAAAAACAUUACAAUAGAAACAAAGAAAACUAUUUAUAAAACUGUGAUCAGACCAGGUGUAACAUAUGCAAGUAAAACUUGGACCCUUACAAAAACAGCAGAAAACCUAAUAAACACAUGGGAGAGGAAAGUUCUCAGGAAAAUAUAUGGGCCAACAAAGGAUGAAUAUGGAUGGAGAAUGCUGACCAACCAGGAGUCAUACAGUCUAUAUCAGGAUCCCAGGAUAGUAGCAGAAAUAAAAAGAGGCAGGGUAACGCUGGGCAGGACACCUAGAGAGAAUACCAAAUGACAGAGGAACGAAGAGGGUACAUCACCAAUACCCCAGAGGAAAAAGGCUCAAAGGCAGACCUAGGCUUAGGUGGAUAGAUGAUGUAGAGAAAGAUCUACAGCAGCUGAAAGUCCAAGCAUGGAAAAGAAAGGCAUUAGUUAGGUCUGAGUGGAAGGAAGUGGCGAGGCAGGCCAAAGCCCUACAUGGGCUGUAGCGCCACAGAGAUGGAAGGAUGGAUGAGAGGUGCUCGUUAUGAGAGGUCCCACUGUAUUAUGUUUGUGUGUGUGUACAUUCUAGCCAAAAUCAACAAACCCAACUCAACAUGUAAGUAAUAUAUGAAUGGCUCCUUGUCAUCUGAAUAUGGUCAAUUUAUAAUUUUGGGACAAUGAUAAUUAAUAAUGGUGAUGAUGGCAGUUUGAUCCAGAGGUGUGUAUUGCAAUUCCAUUUUUAAAACAAUACAUUACCCGGUACUAUAAAAUGAGGAAUUAGAUUCAAGAAAUUUAAUUAUUUCAUUUGUUGCCAUUAACGGACAAUUGGAUGAUGAUUCAUUGAGACAGAUAGUAUUUGAAAGUGCCUUGUAUAAUUCUGCUAAAGUUACAACUAGGGUUUCUAAUUUCCUAGGGUUUUGCUUAUCCUUGGAAAUACAUGGGAAAAAUAACUCUCAUCCCUGGAUUUUCCAAGAUGAAUUUAACUCUACAUUAAACUGAAAGAGAUGGUUUUAAUAAUUGCUUAAUUUUCAUGGUCAUUUAGUUUUAGUGAAUGAAAAAUGAAUUUAAGGUUAAUUGAGAGGUUGGUCACUUGCUACUGGUUGCUUCAUUUCCCCCUGUUUCUCCUUAGUUAUAGAAAACUUGUAAUUUAAUAGAAUUAAUAGUAGUGUUGAUUUUCCGAAUGUCACUUAUCUAAAACAUCCUCUCUUAGUUUUUAUUAUUAUUGUGUGCAAUAUGCAUGAGCAUUUCCCUAACAACACUGGAAAACAAUUCCAACCCUUGUUGCAGGAUUCGGGUAAAAUCUAAAAACAUAUUGUCAAUGCAGUAACCAGAAUGGUAUGAUAUUAAAACUUUUAAAUUAAAAUAUAAAUAUAAUAUUGAAUACACGUUUGCAAAGACAUAGUAACAUCAAAUUUUAUUUUAAGCUCCAUCCAGUUUUUGAUUUUUGGAUACAACCUCUUUUUGCUGAAAAAAUUCCCUUACUGGUUUUUGACAUCAAUCAGAUACAUGGAAUAGUAUAGUUAUUACACUGUACCAUAAAGUACUGUAAGUGUAUAUAGAAAGAGCCAUAGCGUGGGCUUCAGAUUUGUAAGGGGCCUAAAGGUGUGACAGAGACAUGGAAAAUAUUAAACUACCAGUAUCAACUUUGAUACAGGGGACAAAAAACUGAAAAAGGUCAGGGAGUAUCAUCUAACAGUGGUGUGUGGAUCUGUUUAUUGUGCAAUCUAGUGACUUUUUAAUGAAGGUGGUUCUCCUGAAAAUAAAAUUUAAUUUUGUUUCUACUAACGUGAUAAAUCUAUGUAUGUCAUUUCACUUCCAGCAGCAGCAGCAACAGUAGAAAAUCCCAUAGAGCUCAGCGAUGACAGUGAGAGUGAGACCUCUAACAGCAGUGAUUUUCCCUAUGACUUUGUAAGAGGUGUGCAUCAUGAUGAUGACAUCGAUUUGGAAGAUAUGGAGAUGACAGAUAGUGAUUCUUUGGAAGGAGACCCAAGAGUUUACUAUGGUGGAUAUGGUCGUUGUUACAACUGUGGUCAGUAAAGUUUCAGUUUUGAAAACAAGAAAAAUAUUUUUGGGUUAAAAUGUUAUUACUUACUUUAAGAGCUUUGUAUUUGUUCUAAAUGCAUCUUUUCAGAAAAUCAUUUUAAAAUCCUUUUAGUGCUCUAAUAAUAUAAUUUUUUUUAUUGGAGUUUAUCUAAAUCACUAACAAAAAAAAAUCAUGGAUUUUAAUGUACAUUCAUUCAAUGUUGUUUCAGGUUUACGAGGGCACUGGGCAAAUGGAUGUCCUAACUGAGACUGAGAGUAUUUUUUCAUGUUGUUUUGCUGUUUUUAGAAACAUUAAGCACUAUUCCACUUCUGGAAUUUUUGCUUUAACUUAAUUUGCAUUCUGCUUAGCAUGGUUGUUUCUAAUAAAAUCCUGUGAUGAGAUCAUUUUGCCUUAUUGCUAUUUUAAGUGAGAAAUAUGACCUCAGUAUCCCGUCAUCAAUUCUGAUUGACACUAACAUUAACAUCAGUUGCAAAAUGAUCUAAUAUCAAUUGCCAAAGUAAGAUUGAUGGAAAGUUAUGAUGGCUUGAAAAAUGCUUGUGCUGUAUACCAAAAGAUGAUAGAAAUGGUGUCAUUUUGGAGUUACAUAUUGUUGAUCUUAGCCUUACUACAGAGCUCCCAUUGUUAUAAAUAAAUCUCAAUAUAAAAACAUCAUUGUUGUUGUAGUUUCACCUUUUCUUAUUUAAAAAGUCAAAUUAAUAGUAAGCUUAGUAUUGAUAUACUAUUAAUAUUUUUUUUUAAAAGUGCUUAAUAAUCUCAUAUUUGCUCCAAACAAUUGCUCCAAACAAUUGCUCCAAACAACUACCCUAAGCUAUUCAUAUUAUCUCAGAUCAGACAUUUUAGGAUAUUUACUUGGCACAAUAUCUUAUUUCUUGCAAUUCAUUUACCACAGUACAUUACAAAUAUAGAGUCCCCUCAAUGUGCUAUACCAGACAUAACAUUAUAAAUAAAGCAAUAAAAUUCACUUAGAAACACUCAUUUUAAAAAAGAAAAUAGGGUAUUAAUUACUAUCAAAAACUGAGAUGACACUAACAAUGCCC